AUGUCGGUGGGCGCCAACUUCGCCAAGGCCAAGAGCAGCAUCGCCCACCAGCGGUCCAUCGCCGUGCUGACGCUCUACAGCUGCAUGACGCCGCUCGGCAUCUUCCUGGGCAUGGUGCUGUCCGAUUCCUUGCGCGGCAGCAGCGCGCUGGCCAUGGAGGCCGUGGCGCUGAGCAUCGCGUCGGGCAGCUUCAUCUACCUGGCGUUCCACGAGCUGUCGGAGGAGAACGCGAGCCAGGAGAGCCACACCAUCGAGAAGCUCGCGCUCUUCUCCGCGGGCAUGGCCAGCAUGGCCGUGCUGGCCGCGUGGGCAUAG